GACUCUCGGUUUCACGUCCGUGUUUACAAGCGAAGCGUGACGUUCAGGGACCCGGAGAAAUCCGUCUUCAUUCGCUGCUGAGAUCGUGCAGGUUUUCAGGUUGACCACCAUCUAAAAAAAUAAAAUAAUAUGCUGCCCCUGAGAGUUUUCCUCAACGAGAGGCUGUCCUCGGUGGCGGAGGAGAUUUUAGGCGCGGUGGAGAAGACAAUAGCGGUGUACCAGGAGGAGAUUUUACGCUCCAAAGACCUGGAAAUCAGGCAGCUCAGGAUGCAGCUGAAGCUCCGCAAGUCAGAGCCCGAACCGGACAAUUACCUCGAAACCGAGCGGCUGCCCUCUCCUCCCCCUCCUCCUGCGUCUCCUUCCGUCCAGCCCCAUCAGUCACCCCCUGCAGUGGCUGCUCCCUGCGAGGAGGAGCGUCAGCAGGGGGAGGAGGAAGAGGACGAGGUGUGCUGCGUGGACCAGGAGCAGCCGGAGACCUCGCGGGUGAAAGGGGACCCGGACCCGCCGCAGGCAGAGGCCACCAAGCGGCACUUCUGGAUGGUCCACGACCCCGCGGAGAACCAGGAGGACCUGGAGCCCGAGGCGCAGGAGUUCAUCUCGCCCCACACGGGCCUGGCGACCAGCCUGCACGACCAGGCGCUGUAUUUCCAGCAGUUCCUCAGCAACAACAACAACAACAGCAGCAGCAACAACGGCGGCAGCAGCAGCGGCGAGGAGAGCAGAGACAGGCCCUACAUCUGCUCCGUGUGCGAGAAGCGCUUCACCAACUGCUCCCACCUGGCCGCCCACAUCAGGACGCACACGGGCGAGAGGCCCUACAUGUGCGACAUCUGCAGGAAGACGUUCAUCACCACCAGCGCCCUGAACAGACACCAGACCAUCCACACCGAGGGGAAGCGCUAUAUAUGCGCCUACUGCGGCAAGUCCUUCAAAUGGAUGGAGUCCCUGGGCAGACACGUGAGGAGCGUGCACAAGAGUGACGGCGUGCAGGGAGCAGGUCCACAUUAAUGCCCCGGCCCGCUUAGUUGUACUGUAAUUACCUGUUUUGUCUGUGUUAAUUAUAAACUAAACCUUUUCCGGUUGCCUCCGAUUUGACCCCGGAAACAGAGACAGGCACAAACAGCAAGUGUUAGGAAUGCUAGUAAAGUGUGAUUUAUUGUAAGUAGUACUUGGAUCCCGUUAAGCCUUGUGUACAUUAAUUAUGAGUAGCGAAAUUAUUAUUGUGUAAAAUGGCCCUUUUUACCUUCAUGUACGGUCCAUGUAUCAUUUCAGAAUAAAAUUUAAACCGUCUUGACUGAAAA